GCGUCCAUCCCGCCGAUGCUCGCUCGUCUUGUGGCCAACUCUCGCGCACCCUCUGGUGCUCGCUCGCCGCCUGCCGAACUUCUUCUUCUCCUUCUCCUCCUUUGUGUGGCCCGCUCGUCACAUUCUCAUUGUUGUUGUGGAGGUGGUGUUGGUGGUGGUGGUGCUCGUCUUCCUGCUCUUCCUUCCUCCUCCCCGCGUGUGAUAGCGAGCCGCUCGGCGGAGGAGCUCAGGUCAUCUGCAGCUGCGGCGGCGAAGAAGAAGAAGAAGAAGAAGAAGGAGGAGGAGAAGAAGAAGAAGAAGAAGGAGAAGCAGGAGGAAAGAUGGCGAUCACACACUAGCCGGAGCGGGCGCACGCAUGAGACCAACAACUUUGGAGGAGAAGGAGAAGAUUGUAGCGAUUUCCCUGAUUGUUCAGGGAGUGCUCCCCCUGUUUAGUGAUGGAGGUACUGCAAUGCGACGGCUGUGACUUCCGCGCUGACUCGUAUGAGGAGUUGAAGAACCACAUUCAGGAAGUGCACACAGUCUUUCUUCAGCCCGCUGACGCAGAAGAGUCUGACUCGCAGAAAGAGGAGGAGGAGGAGGAGGAAGACAACGAUGAUGACCAGCAGGUGGAGGAGGAAGCAGGAGUGCAGGACACCGGGGACAAGGAUGACAAGAAUUACACACCACCUAAAGUUGGAAUGAGUCCCAACUCUGCCAACAUUUCCAGCAAGGCACCACCGAAGCAAAGCGCUGAGACCCAUCUGCUGUUCUACCAGUGCAAGUUCUGUGUCCGUUAUUUCAGAUCCAAGUCGUUCCUAAGGAAUCACACCAAGAAGGUGCACAAUGUUGUCGAGGAGGACGUGGUUGCACAGAUCUCCUCACAGACAGACAAUUCCAAGGUGUAUUCCUGCCAGUACUGUACAUACAAGUCUCCGCGCAAAGCAAGGAUGAUGAAACACCACAUUAUGUAUCAUAGCAAAGUUCCCUCGGGGGGGUCUGGGGUUGCCCCAGAGAGCAACGAACCUGACGAGGAGUCGAGCUCAUCUGAUCCCCUCGUGAAAGGGACGUUUGCCUGCGAAUGGUGCAACUAUCAGACUGACCAGAAGGCCAGCUGGACCAAUCACGUGGUCAAGGAACAUAGCGACAAGGUCAAGAUAGUGUCCAGCAUUCCCGAGCCGAAAGGGGAUGCCUGUGCAAGCUCACCUAAACCGGAUUCCCUGUCCCAAAGCCCCACAAGAUUAAAGACCGCUUUGACUGAAGGAUAUGAGGAGUCAACAGGAGAAAUGCUUGAAAACCCAUCGACACAGAUUGCUCAAGUCACGGCAGUCGGCGAAGGAUGCGCAAUUUCACCCAAGAGGCCAAACAGUGGCAGUGAGAUAGAGCCCAACUUACUAAAUGAAGAGGACUCAAGGAGCAGCUUGGAGGCUGGAGAUGAAGAGCUAGGUGAUAUAGAUGAUCCCAACUACACUGGAACGCUUUCGGCAGAUGCGAAGCAGCUCUUAACAGACGAGGACAAUAAGCUGCUGGAGACAAAAGGAAUACCGUUCAGGAAGUACCAGAACCGUUUCCAGUGCCCUUUUUGCUCCUUCCUCACCAUGCACAGGCGCAGCAUCUCGCGCCACAUUGAAAACAUUCACCUCUCUGGUAAAACCACAGUGUAUAAAUGUGAUGAAUGCCCAUUUAUUUGCACCAGCCCUCUUAAAUUAGGCACCCACAAACAAAGCCACAGUUCCUCCGACGUAGAGACGAUGGAUCUGACGAGCGACAGCCCAGAACCUCUCAAUGAUGACACUGCGGAGCCUGUCAAUGGGGGCAAUGUAAGUAUGUCCAAGAUGAACGGAAAAAAGUCAACCAGCGUGUUGAACGACCAGCAGAACCCACACCGCUGCACGCUCUGCAACUACUCCACUACCACUCUGAAAGGACUGAGGGUUCACCAGCAGCACAAGCACUCCUACUGUGAUGACAUGGAUCCCACCGUCUUUGAAAGUCAGUUGGCCGACCAGAUGGACACAGACGUAGCAGCCUCGCCAACCUGUCUACAAAAAACCCAGACCUCCAUCUUGGGGCUUUCAACCAAAAAACCCUUAGUCGGUGGUAAACGAGCGAGGAAGUCCAUCAAUGACUUGCCUUUGGAUUUGUCCUCGGUCAAAAAGAGAACGAGAAUUGAUGAAAUUGCGAGUAACCUGCAAAGCAAAAUAAGCCAAAGUCAGCAGGACCUGGUCAUAAAUCUGGAAGACAUGGAUGAUGAGGACAUGGCCGACCAUCACAGCAACAUGGGCAGAAACCAUGAUGGCAAAAAUGCCAUCUUUGCGUACAACAUACUGCAGCCUCACUCAAGAGAUUCAUUUCACAAGGGAGGUAGGAUAGGGAAAAGAAAAAGCAACCCUAAAUCAAAAUCUAGGAGCCUUCCUCUAUCACUGACUCUUUCUGACGAUAGUGAAAACAUUUCAGGUGAUCUGACUGAUAGUCGAGAGGCUGCCCAAGAGAACAGCGACUAUUCCGGGGAUCCCGGAAUUGCGCGUUUCUACUGUAAACACUGUGAUUACCAUAACAAGUCUGCUCGUAGCGUCAGCACCCAUUACCAGAGGAUGCACCCUUACAUCAAAUUCAGCUUUAAGUACAUCCUGGACCCUGAGGACCAGAGUGCCGUCUUCCGCUGCUUGGAGUGCUACAUUGAAUAUACAAACUACAAUGACCUACACCAACACUACAUGGAUCACCACCCGGAAGCGAGCAACGUGCUCAACUUUAACCAGCCCAAUUUGGUGUACAUGUGUCGCUUCUGUUCUUACACGAGCCCCAAUGUGCGAAGCCUAAUGCCCCACUACCAAAGAAUGCAUCCUACAGUGAAGAUCAAUAAUGCCAUGAUCUUCUCCAGCUAUGUUGUGGAGCAGUCGCACAAGUCAGGUGAAUCGCAAACUCUGAGGGAGAUAUUAAACUCUGGCCCAAAAACGUUUAACCCAGCCACAUCCACUCCGAGGUCCUCCUCAAGCCCGCUGCUUAAAACAGUGUCCAAGACCCCCGAAUCAGGCACAGAUAUGGAUCCCCUCAAAGACGUCAUGGCCGGCAGUGUCGUUGUAUAUGAUUGUGACGUGUGUUCUUUUUCCAGCCCCAACAUGCACUCUGUUUUGGUCCACUAUCAAAAGAAACACCCUGAGCAAAAGGCAUCUUAUUUCCGCAUACAGAAAUCAAUGAAGGUUGUCUCCGUCGAUCAGCCCGUCGCCGCGUUUAAGUCAAACAUGCCAACAACCCCGAAAAAAUCAAGCGCGGCACUGUAUGGAUCAGACGAGGAUAUGUUCUACUGUAAACACUGUGUAUACAGCAAUAAAUCUGUCGUGGGUGUGUUGGUACAUUAUCAAAAGAGGCACCCCGAAGUGAAAGUGACAGCCAAAUAUAUCAAACAUGGUGCUCCCACCCCAGGUUUGCUGAAACUAAUAGACGAAUUACAAAUCGCAGCGCCCAAGCAAUUUCUGAAACAGUUCCCAAAAGAUGGUCAUGAUGGGUCCAACAACUCAAGCCCCAAACCAGGGAGUGGAGACAAAUGUGAGGAUGAGCUGUUCUUCUGUCAGCAUUGCGAUUAUGGCAACCGAACGGUCAAAGGUGUGCUUAUUCAUUACCAGAAGAAGCACAGAGAAACUAAAGCUAAUGCUGAUCUCGUGCGUCGCCACACCGCCGUCGUCCGGAGUCAGCGUGAGCGCGCGCAGUCGAGUAGCAUCCCUUCCACUGCCGUUCUGGCUCCUCCAGACCCCGAAAACACUACACCCCUACGUUCCCUGAAGUGCAGACACUGUUCCUACACAUCCCCUUAUGUCUACGCCCUCAAGAAGCAUCUCAAGAAGGAUCACCCAAAUGUGAAGGCCACAGCCUUGACCAUUUUACACUGGGCUUACCGAGAUAGCAUUCUAGAGGCGGGCUAUCACUGCGAGUGGUGCAUUUACUCUCAUGCUGAGCCUCAAGGACUGCUUCUCCAUUACCAAAGACGCCACCCGGAGCAUAAUGUGGACUACGCCUACAUGGCCAGCAAGCUGUGGGCCGGGCCAGAGACCACUCAACAAGGGGGGAACCUAGAAACAAAACAUUACAAAUGUAGGGACUGUGCUUUUGAAGCUUGCACAGUAUAUGACAUAACUAGUCACUAUCAGGCAGUGCACCCCUGGGCGAUCCAAGGGGACGAAUCUGUGAUUUUGGAUAUUAUUAAAGGAAAACCAGCUGAGAAGAUCCCCGAAGAAAAUGCGUCUUUCAAUUGCGAGUCCGUCGAGGAUGACGGCGCUCUUUACAUUGCCACCCCGCCUCGAGAGAGCAACCCACAUUCCACUCACCCACGUCUCUCUCUUUCGAAUAAUCCCUAUCAGUGCACCGUUUGUCUGUCAGAGUACAACAGCCUCCAUGGCCUCCUCACCCACUAUGGCAAAAAGCACCCCGGUAUGAAAGUCAAAGCGGCAGACUUUGCGCAGGAGGCGGACAUUAACCCCAGCUCUGUGUACAAGUGUCGCCACUGUCCCUAUGUGAACUCCCGCAUCCAUGGCGUCCUCACCCACUACCAGAAAAGACACCCAUUGGUGAAAGUCACAGCAGAGGACUUUGCGAACGACAUUGAGCAAAUCGCAGACACGAAUGAGACAGAGGACAAGAACAAGACUCAAAGGCAGGGCUAUGGGGCAUACAGAUGUAAAAUGUGCUCAUAUACGCACGGGACACUGGAAAAACUCAAAAUCCACUAUGAGAAGUACCACAAUCAGUCAGCUACAGAGAUUUUCACACCCGGUUUGACAAAUUUCUCCGUCGGCCACGACACAGAGCCCGUAGCGGAAUGCAGCGCCGGUCAUACAUCAAGUGCAGUGAAAGUCCAGGAGGUUGGUGAUGUGGACUUCACCCUCUCAGAGUUACCCAUCAGUAAGCCCGAGAAGCAUGCCGUGUUUAAGUGCCAGCUCUGCAAAUACUUCUGUUCCACCCGCAAAGGCAUCGCUCGCCACUAUCGUAUAAAGCACAACAAUGUCCGCGCUCAGCCGGAGGGUAAAAACAAUGUGUUUAAAUGUGCGCUCUGUUCCUACACCAAUCCCAUUCGCAAGGGCUUGGCAGCACACUACCAGAAACGCCAUGAUAUCGACGCCUACUACACCCACUGUCUAGCUGCUUCCAAGACAAUGACUGAGAAACCCAACAAAGUCAUAUUACCGGCACCCUCUGAACAAGAGAAUUCAGAGAUGAGCGAAGAAGUGCGCUUGGCCGUAGAGAGGCGAAAGUGUUCUCUUUGUCCCUUCCAGGCAUUCAGCAGGAAGAGCAUUGUGUCGCACUAUAUAAAACGCCACCCAGGUGUCUUCCCCAAGAAGCAGCACGCUAGCAAGCUCAGUCGCUACUUUACCGUCAUCUAUGCCAAAGAACCUGAGAAAACAGAGGAUAGUCCUUUAGAAGAGGAUGACAACGAGGCGCUGGAGCACACCCCCAAUCCAGAGCAGGACGGGGACUGGCUGCCAUUUAAGUGUCUCAAAUGUUUCCGGUUGUCCUUCAGCACCGGCCUGCUGCUAUCUAUGCACUACAAUGACCACCACAGGGCGGACUUCAAGAGAGACUUUGACGUGUCGCCGGACCCUGGAGAUGACAAUGCUUCAGAGUCAUUCCAAUGUUCCCAUUGUGAGCUGAAGUUCCUGUCCCUCCCUGCGCUCGCCACGCAUCUGCUCAACCACAAUGAGGAGUUUCAGAAGAGGGCCACAAGGCAUGAGAGGAGGCGGCAGCUUCUCAGCAAACACAAAGCAGCAGAAAUAUCUGAAAGCAAGUCUGAGAAGGUAAGCUGUGCAAACAAAGCUCCUAUUGGCUUCAGGUGUAACUUCUGUGUGGAGGUCCACACUACUAUCAGAGCCAUCUGCAAUCACCUGAGGAAGCACGUCCAGUAUGGCGAAGUCAAAGAGGGGCAUGUCAAGCAGGAAGUCAGUGAGGUGGCCCUCACCAUGCCUUCAGAGAGACUGGUUAACGGUGAUGUGGAGAAGGAUGGAGCAGGAAACGAGAGACCCAAAAAUGCUACAAAAGGCCUCGCCUCGCUCCCUGCAGCUUCUUCCGCCGUUUCCACAGAGACACCUGAACCAGAGUUGGAUGCCAUCGAAGGGAGGUCCUCGACGUUGAAGCAAAGGCUGGCGACGGGAGGCCACCCGUGCGGCCAGUGCGACCGGGUCUUCAUGUCUAUGCAGGGCCUCCGCUCCCACGAGAGGAGUCACUCGGCCAUGGCCAUGAUCAUCAGGGAAGACAAGUAUAGCUGUCAGUACUGCCAGUUUGUCUCACCCUUCAGACACAAUCUGGACAGACAUAUGCAGUCUCACCACGGCCACCACAAACCUUUCAAGUGCAAAUUAUGUCCCUUUAAGUCUGCCUACGUGAGCCGCUUGAAGAGCCACCUGCACAAGACGCACACCGGCGAGCAGCACACAUACAAGUGCUUGUCCUGCCCCUUUUCCUCCAUGACCAUCAGCCAGCUGAAGGAGCAUUCGUUGCGAGACCACGGCGAGGCCCUCACCCUCCCCAAACUGCGGGCUGCCACGCAAGCCGCUCACGCUGCCCUCAGGACCCCCACCCGACUGACCACGAACGCGGAGCACAGCCCCUUGACUCCGGAAGACGCGUCAUACUGGGAGCCAGCUGACGUCCGCGAGCAGCUCAGCCAUUAUCAGAUCGCCUCUCGCAGUCACGUGUCUCCCGGCGACCAUCGGCCCGACAGCAUCCUCACCUGUGAGUUCUGUGAGUUCAGCUCAGGCUACAUGCAGAGCCUGCGGCGACACUACCGGGACCGCCACGGUGGCAAGAAGCUCUUUAAGUGCAAGGACUGCUCCUUCUUCACCUGCUACAAGAAUACGUUCACCUUGCACGUGGAGGCAGGCCACAACAACAACAACAACAACGUGCCAGAGGACGUCCAGAAAGACCUUCGCUGCCCUCUCUGUCUCUACCACACCAAAUACAAGAGCAGUAUGAUUGACCACAUUGUACUGCACAGAGAGGAGCGCAUUGGUCCGCUCGAGGUGAAUCGCUCCAAGCUGUCGCGUCACCUCCGAGGCGUGGUGUUCCGUUGCCACAAGUGCACCUUCACAUGCUCCAACGACGACGCCCUGCAGCUGCACCUGCACAAGCACGCCGAGCUCAAACCCUACAGCUGCCAGCUGUGCUACUACGACAGCAGCCGCCGCAGCCAGCUGGAGGAGCACCUUCGCCUCGAGCACAAGGUCAUCCGGAACUUUGAGCUGAUGGGCCGUGUCAACUUGGACCAGCUGGACAUGAAGGAAAACAGCAGCAGUGACGAGGAGCAGCAUGAGCGGCAGCAGCAAGACGAGGAACAGGAAGAGGGUGAUCUGAUGGAAAUGGCGGUAGACGAAAGCGUGGCUGUGGUGGAGGACAACGAAGGCAUGGAGAUGACUGAGCAUCCGGAAGAGCAAGGAGGAGGCGUGGAGGAUAACGACAGGGAUGGCAGCAUCAAAGAGGAAGAAGAGGAUGAGGAGGAAUUCAAAGAGGCGGAAGAAGAGAGCCCGACACCACAAGAAGUCCUUGCUUCUCCAACGAGCAGCAGCAGCAGCAGCAGUGGUAGCAGCUCUGGAGAGAAGCGUCUUCCGUGCGAGUUCUGUGGGCGCUGCUUCACUAACAAUUUUGAUUGGGAACGCCAUGUCCUUCGCCAUGGCAUGACGGUGAACAACAGUCAACUGGACACCAGCACAAACUCCAACAUGGAGGCCUCCGUCCCAUCCUCCCUCUCUUCCACUUCCGUCGACAACGGACUGGAACUUUCCGGCAACCGGGACGAUGAUCAGAACCUUUCGGCUCUUUCACUGAGUCAGCACGCGGACGAUGGGGAGCCGCUCGACGCCAAAAAGGAUCAACAAUCUGGUUGACCCGAUUGGGACUUUUUAAGGUUAUAUUAAAAUAGGACGUUCAAUUUAAAAAAAAAAAAAAAAAAAAAGAGAAAAGUGAAAACGUUUUGAGUUGG